AUGGGCGAGUUGGCGGGCAGGCAGUACGUAGGAGCUCCGCCGCGCAGUGGCGCGCACGCGCCUCCUUCGGCCCCGGCGCAGGCGGAAGAGAAGGCGGAACUGCGCGCCAAGCACACGGCGCCCACGCUGGCCACCACGCCGGCGGAAGAGCGCGAUGCUGCCACGCCGCUCGUUUUCGCGCGGGAAAGAACGCCCGGCCUUUGCGGGCGCCCGCCCGGGCUGGCUUACGCAAAUCCAGCCGUCAAUGGCAACCGCUGCCUCUCCGGCGGCGGGUCCAGGCGCUCAGCACGUCCUCGACUGACACUACCCCGGACGCGACCCGAGGUCGGCAAGUUGGGCCCUGAGCGACUAUCUCCAACGUCACCCGAGUUCCCACGCCCCGAGACCGGCACCCCGGCCACCCCGCGCCGCCUACUAAGCUUCUACCCCUCCCUCCCGUCGGCCGCCAACCUGGCUUCCCGAGCACAACCCCGUCUAAGUCUCAUCGAGAGACAUUUAGACGUUAAACCUCCACCUCUCAACACUCCCUACUCCUCCGACCGUGCUGCACUGCCAGACGACGACAUCGAUCCCCAGCAAGCUGCAGUCCUCGACGACGAACCCACCAUGUCUACCCAAGAAGCGCACCCCACCCUGCUCAUCCCCGGGCCCAUCGAGUUCGACGAUGCCGUCCUUCAGUCCAUGAGUCACUACAGUGAGUCGCACGUCGGCGCUGCCUUUGUCGCGGUUUUCGGCGAGACUCUCUCGAUGCUCCGAAAGCUGUUCCAAACCACCAACCCCGCGUCGCAGCCUUUUGUCAUCUCGGGUUCGGGAACACUGGGAUGGGACCAGGUCGCCGCCAACCUGACGGAGCCGGGCGAUGAGGUGCUGGUUCUCCACACCGGAUACUUUGCCGAUUCGUUCGCCGACUGCUUCGACACCUACGGCGCCAAGCCUACCCAGCUCAAGGCUCCCAUUGGCGAUCGUCCCCAGCAGGAUGCCGUCGAGAAGGCCCUGAAGGAGAGGAAGUACAAGCUGAUCACCGUCACCCACGUCGACACCUCCACCGGCGUCCUCAGCGACAUCAAGUCUCUGGCCGAGCUUGUCCACCGCGUCAGCCCCGAGACUUUGAUCGUCGUUGACGGCGUGUGCAGUGUUGGCUCGGAGGACAUCCGCUUCGAUGACUGGGGCAUCGACGUUGUCCUCACGGCCAGCCAGAAGGCCAUCGGCUGCCCUGCCGGUCUGAGCAUCGUCAUGGCUUCCGGCCGCGCCAUUGAGGCCUUCCAGGCCCGGAAAACCAAGCCCGCCUCUUACUUCGGCUCCUGGAAGAACUGGCUUCCCAUCAUGCAAAAUUACGAGGCAAAGAAGCCCUCUUACUUCGCCACUCCUUCCCCCCAGCUCGUCCGCGCCCUCCACACCUCUCUUACCCAGAUCCUUGCCUCUCCUUUGGAUCAGCGUUUCGCUCGCCACAAGGAGGUCUCGCAGAAGAUCAAGCAGGCCGUCGCUGAUCUCGGCUUGAAGCAGCUCGCCGACAAGCCUGAGAACCAGGCCAACGGCAUGACGGCCAUUUACCUGCCCGAGGGCAUGGCAGCUGCCCAGAUCCUACCCAACUUGCUGCAGAAGAAGGUCAUCUUCGCCGGCGGCCUCCACAAGGAGAUCGCCACCAAGUACAUCAGGUUCGGUCACAUGGGAGUCAGCGUGACUGACCCCAGGAAAAACGACAUCGACCGCGCGCUUGACGCGUUGAAGUCGGGUCUGGCUGAGGCUGGCUAUCAAGCGCCUUAG